GGAUAAAAAAAAACAGGACGGUACAUCUGAAGUGCACUGCAUGUGUGUGACUCGAGUUCAUUCAUGUUUACAUUUGUACGCCCCUCCGUCCGUCCAGCCGAGCCUCGUUCACCGCGACAACAUCACAGAAGGCUGCUCGGUCCGUGUUAGCUGCUCGGGAAUCAGAGGGAGACAUCUUUAUCUGGCGACGACCCAAGGUCGAGAUGUGGCUCAUAGGUUUGUCUGCUGAGGAGUGUGGCAGCGUCUUAAAGGGCUCCUGAGACAAAGAUUUGUGUGUCAAAGACGUAUGAAGGCAGACGAGCGGGGGCAGCAUCUUCCAACACCACUGUCCUCACAAAUGUAGGCUUAGGAUGGGUCUACCUGUGGACAGCCCAGACAGAAAUGAUGAUGCACAUAAAUAUGAGCAGCCGGGAGAAGGAGAUGGGGGAGAAAACCAAACUGAGGCCUGCACUCGCUCCUUGCUGCCCGCCGCCAGGAAGAAGAGAAAAGGCAAGAAGAGAUGACUGUGCAUCAACCUCACCAACUGCAAAUAUGAAAGUGUGCGGCGAGCUGCUCGCAGAUACGGCCUCAGAGAGGUGAUGGAGGGUGAAGACUGGACCGUGUUUUGGAUGGACUGCUCUGUGUCUUUGGACCGUGUUAAGGACAUGAAACGAUACCAGAAAAUAAACCAUUUCCCAGGGAUGAGUGAGAUCUGCCGCAAAGAUUCACUUGCAAGAAACAUGAACCGAAUGCUCAAGCUUUUCCCCAAAGACUACAACAUCUUCCCUAGGACGUGGUGCCUUCCCGCAGAUUACAGUGACUUCCAAGCCUACACGAGGGCCAAAAAAAGCAAGACUUACAUCUGUAAGCCAGACACCGGUUGCCAAGGCAAAGGCAUCUUCAUCACCAAAUCAAGUAAAGACAUUCAACCUGGAGAACAUAUGAUCUGCCAGGUUUACAUCUCCAAGCCGUUCAUACUCGACGGAUUCAAGUUUGACCUGCGCAUCUACGUACUGGUGACAUCAUGUGACCCGUUCAGCAUAUUUAUGUUCAAGGAGGGACUUGCUCGCUUCUGCACCACCAGGUACAACGAGCCAACACACAAUAAUGUGGAUGAUGUGUGCAUGCAUCUCACAAACUACUUCAUCAACAAGAACAGUGAGAACUUUGUCCGUGAUGAGGACACGGGCAGCAAACGAAAGCUUUCCACCCUCAACAAGCUCCUGGAGUCCAUCAGCUGCAACAUAGACAAGAUGUGGAACGACAUCGAGGACGUGAUAAUAAAGACUCUGAUCUCUGCUCACCCCAUCCUCAAACAUAACUACCACACGUGCUUCCCCAACCACAUCACCGGCAGUGCCUGCUUCGAGAUCCUGGGUUUCGAUGUGCUGCUGGAUCACCGGCUCAGACCCUGGGUGCUGGAGGUGAAUCACUCCCCAAGUUUUACCACUGACUCGCAGCUAGACCGCGAGGUAAAGGAUGCGUUACUCUACGACACCCUGGUACUCAUCAACUUAGGCGCCUGUGACCGACGCAAGAUCACCAAAGAGGAGAGACGCAGGGUGAAGGAAAGGCUUCAGCAGCACAGCUCCAAAGAGGCCAGGUCAGAGGAGCUGCGUCAGUGCCAGGCAGCCACGGUGGAGCAGAUGGAGAGGUACGAGGCCAAACACCUGGGAGGCUUCAAGAGGAUCUAUCCCAGAGAGGGAGGAGAGAAAUACGACAAGUACUUUAAACACAGCAGCUCGCUUUUCCAGGAGACGGCGGCGUCCAAGGCCAGAGAAGAGUGUGCCAGACAACAGCUGCAGGAGCUGCGACUGAAGCAGGAGCAGGAGAGAGACCAGAGGGGAGGCCGGAGGAGAGACCUACAGGGGGAGACGGCGGGGGAGAGAGUCAAACCACGACCUCGAGCACAAACACAAACCCCCCACUCAAACUGUGACUGUGACCCACAGCCGCCGCCUCCGUCCGGUGUGACGCUGGAACCUGAGGCUGCAGAGGUCCGAGCGGAGAAGCAGGAGCAGACGGAGGAGGAGAACGAGGAGGAGGCGGAGGAGAGGAAGAAGGCAGACAUGGAGGAGCAGGAGCGGGUUGAUGCACUCCUCCAGCGGAAGAAAAUGCUGCAGGACCUCGGGGUGGUGGACCAGAUCUACCAGCUGCUGCAGGGCCGACUUGGAGCCGGGGGGAUCCUGCAGGACGCCCACCAGCAGAGUAAACAGGCUCAGCAGAAGCAGCAGCAUCCGAAGUUGGACUCUUUGACACAGCUGAGGACGAAGCAGCCGUCCAGCACUCAGAUGCACCGGCAGCACAUCCACUCCCACCUGACUCAGCAGCACCUGCUCAGGCCCGUGAUGGACCAGAGGACCCUGAAUGAGUCCGAGCCUGAGAGCCACACUGGGGCCGGAGACGUACGGAGGCCCAUCAGCGCCCAGAGGAUACACUGGCCAGCUGGCGGCUCUCUGGCUCUCAGGCAGGACACCCGGAGCAGCUCUUACACCGACACCCGGUCCCGUCCCAGCAUCCCCGUCAUAAACCACGUCCCCAAAGCAGGCCUGCGCUGCAGCGGCUACGCGUCCCACGACCCCUCCGCCCUGCAGAGCCUCCUGGUCGUCUCCACUCGAGCCCCCCUGGUCCGGAGGCCUGGCUUCUCUCACGUCGUCCGCAAGUCCUCCCGCAGAGCCCCCCAGCACGGUAAAGGCCAGUGAGCAGCAGACAAACGGGGGACCUGAGGAGGUAGAGAGGCUUUAAACUGUGAAAAUGCAGAAUCAUACUGUGCCUGUGA